AUGGCGAAUACGGUGGCCGGUUUAUCUCCGGUUAUCGCUCCAUUUCAUUCUCCGAUAACCAACCGGAAGCCAAUCAGUUUCUACAAGCCGCGCCUUCUCUCCUACAAGCAAAGCCCUAUAUCGUCUCUACACAGCUCGAGAACUGGUCGUGUGAUAGAGGUGACACGUAAGCAAAGGAACCGGUUGUGUUCUGUUUUUGGGUCUCUCACUGAUGAAGAAGAAUCAAAGGAUUCCUCAGAGGGACAGGUUGCUUCAGUAGAUAUUAAACUACCAAGAAGAAGUUUGCUUGUGGAGUUUAGUUGCAACUCAUGUGGAGAAAGAACAAAACGGCUUAUCAAUCGUCUGGCUUAUGAACGUGGUCUUGUCUUUGUCCAGCAUCAUAAGCUGGUUGACAAUCUUGGUCUCAUUGUUGAGUAUGACUUCCGCCAAGAAACCUCCAAGGAUUUGGGUUUAGAUCAAGUUUGA